AUGACAGAAAAAGGCAAAUCAAUUCGCGUCUUGAUUGCCGGCGCAGGCAUCGCAGGUCUUGCAACGGCUAUAUCGCUAACACGCAUAUCAACUGUUCCAAACUUGGAUAUCCAGCUAUAUGAACAAGCUCCAGAGCUCUUGGAAAUAGGAGCUAGCAUUGGGUUCAGUCCAAAUGGCAUGCGCACACUGGAGAAACUUGGCGUACACAAUGCCCUAAGCGAUGAAGUCGGCUUUAGAGGCCCGAGUGGAAUCCCGCAGAUCUUCCGCCACUGGAAAACGAACCAAGUAGUGUCCACAGACACUCAUAGCAACGUCUCUGAUCCCCGACACAAUACUACCCGCUUCCACCGCGGCCAUGUGCACUCUGCUCUGCUAGAGCAUGUCCCCAAAGAGUCGAUCCACUUGAGCAAGAAGAUUGCGCGCGUGGAAGCUGACGAAGCUGGUGUUUCGUUGUAUUUCGAGGAUGGGACUAGUGCUCACGGAGAUAUCCUCAUUGGGGCAGAUGGGCUUCGAUCGAGUGUUAGACAAUCGUUCGUCCCGGAUUAUAAGCUACGGUUUAGUGGGAAGGUAUUCAUGAGGGCGACGUUUGAUGCCUCGUUGGUGGAGGGCAAGAUCCCUAAUUUGCCAGCUGAUUCGAUUCACUGGUGGGGACCUAGAGACGACUUCUUUGCGUCUCGGCUUGGCAAGAACCAAUACACCACUGUUGGUGCAUACGACGACCCACGCUCGACAGAGGAAGUGGAGAAAAGUAUUGCGUGGGAUCAAGAUGGCAACGUGGAGUUUUUGAGAGACAGAUACAAGGACUGGAACCCCACGGUCAAAGCUCUGGCAGAGCUCACGCCAUCCACAAAUCUCUAUCCCAAUUUUGCAGGAGAUGCUCUUCCGAACUGGAUCUUUGGGUCACGAGUGACUCUAAUUGGAGACGCAGCCCACGCUCACGGCGGUGCCUUCGCAGCUGGAGGCUCGCUGGCGCUAGACGACUCACUCGCCCUUGGCCUUGCAUUCAAAGAAGUGUUCUCUUCGAAGAAUGCCCCGUUCUCAACUAGAAAUAUCAACAAGGCACUGCGGCUGUACAGUCAAACUAGGCAGCCGCAUACAGCUCGGUUGCUGGGUAUUGUGCACAGUCAGAUCGACAAGAAGGGUACUAUUCUUGCGACACCCGAUGAAGAGGAUGCUGUGCUUGUUGCCCGACUGGCGGGCAGGCCAAAUACGGAGUGGCUAUCGGAACACGAUGUUGAAGCUGCGUUCAACGCCGUUGUUAAUCGAGAAGGGGCGCAGCGACAGGUACACCUUGCUGAGUCGGAAACCAAGAUAGGAGAGAUUCAGCUCCAGAGCAGCAAGUUAUAG